CCGCGGCCGCCGCAGCCCGUGCGCUGCGCUGCGCGCACCUGAGCCCCGCUGCGCGCUGCCCGACUCCGCGAGGGGUUAACGAGCGCUUCCAGAAGUUGGCAGCGCCGCGGUACCUACAGGCGUGUUCCGUGACUGCAAAUGAAAGGGAGAGAGAUGAAUGCCGUGAUUGUGAACGGGAGAGGUGUUGGCUGAAAUUCCCAGCUAGAAAGCGAUCCCCCUGUAGAAGUGGUUGGCUGCGGAAGGAGUCACCUUCCUUCUGCCGACGUUCCGCAGCCCAUCCUGCUGCUCCGGCAGCCGCUCUCUGAUCCGCGCGGGGUGCGCGGGCGCUCCUCCUGCAGCUCUCCCUCUCUGCCGGCUGCUGGAAGCCUCCCGUGUGCGUGUGGCUUCUGCCGAAUGGAGCCGAUGUCUCCGCUGCCCUUGACGGCUCUUCCUCUCCUCCUUCUCUCUGUGCUUCUCCAUCCCCAGGACUUGCUCCUGUCCUCGUUUCUCUCUCCCCCCAUUUCCUCUGCCCCGAAGCUCCCACGCGGAUGUUGGCGUGCCGUGCUCUGAUGGCUGCCGGGCGACGGCGGUGCUGCUCACAGACACCGCUUUUGUAUUUAAAAAGAUUGGCGCUGAUAAUAGCUUAUGCGUCAGUUCAAUGACGUGGAUGAGUGCGCCCUGGGGCUCGAUGACUGCCACCCGGAUGCCAUUUGCCAGAACACCCCCAAGCUGUACAAGUGCAUGUGCAAGGUCGGCUACACCGGCGAAGGGAAGAAAUGCGAAGACAUUGAUGAAUGCGAUAACGACUUCAAUGGAGGCUGCGUCCACGAGUGCUUCAACAUCCCAGGAAAUUACCGCUGUACCUGCUACGACGGCUUUAUGUUGGCUCACGAUGGCCACAACUGCCUGGAUACAGAUGAAUGCAUGUUCAACAACGGUGGCUGCCAGCACGUUUGUGUCAACACGGUGGGGAGCUAUGAGUGUCGCUGUAAGGAAGGCUUCUUUCUCAGUGACAACCAGCACACGUGCAUCCACCGCUCAGAAGAAGGCAUGAGCUGCAUGAAUAAAGAUCAUGGCUGUGCACACAUCUGCAGAGAAACGCCCAAAGGAGGGGUUGCUUGUGAAUGCCGACCAGGAUUUGAGCUGUCCAAGAACCAGAGAAGCUGCAUUUUAACCUGUAAUCAUGGAAAUGGUGGCUGUCAACAUACAUGUGAUGAUGCUGAUCAUGGGCCUAUUUGUGGAUGUCACCCCAAGUACAUCAUGCAUACGGAUGGGAAAACCUGCCUGGAGAGGGAAGAGGCUGCUGUUGAAAUUCCAGAGGGCAACACUACAGCAGGAGCUGAUGUGGACAAGCGGGUUAAGCGACGGUUACUCAUGGAAACAUGUGCAGUUAAUAAUGGUGGCUGCGAUCGUACGUGUAAAGAUACAUCGACCGGAGUUCACUGCAGCUGUCCUGUUGGAUUCACACUCCAGUUUGAUGGGAAGACAUGCAAAGACAUUGAUGAGUGCCAAUCCAAUAAUGGAGGCUGUGAUCAUUUCUGUAAAAACACUGUUGGCAGUUUUGAUUGCAGCUGCAGAAAAGGGUUUAAAUUAUUAACAGAUGAGAAGUCUUGUCAAGACAUUGACGAAUGCUCUUUUGAACGGACGUGCGACCACACGUGCAUCAAUCAUCCAGGCACAUUUGAGUGUACGUGUAACAAAGGAUAUGCUCUCUAUGGCUUCACACACUGUGGAGACAUUAAUGAAUGUAGCAUCAACAACGGUGGCUGCCAACAGCUGUGUGUGAACACACCGGGAGACUAUGAAUGCCUGUGCCAUUCUAACUACAAAUUACACUGGAAUAAAAAGGAUUGUGUUGAGAUAAAGGAGUCCUUUCCUGAUAAUAUGUCACCCAAGGUAUUGCUGCACUGCAUGAAGAGUGGCAGGAGUGAUAGAUGCUUCUUAAGCUGCUCUUCAGAUGUCCGGGUAGUUUCUGGAACACAAGAUGCCUACACUCUCGCCUGUGGCAGCUCAUCUCAACUUAAGAAAAAGCAGCAAAAUACAAAUGCAUCCACUUGGCUGGAUAUUUCAACUAUCAAGAUAAGUGUAACCUUUAAAUUAAAUGAAGGAAAAUGUAGUUUGAAAAAGACUGAGAUGUUUCAAGAAGGUCUGGAACAGACGAUACCAGAGAGACAUAACUCAGUAAUGGAGAGCUUCCACUAUGUAAACCUAACGUGCAGCUCCGGCAAGAAAGUCCAUGGAGCCCUCAGUAGACUGCCUGCAACCAGAGAGAUUUUUAUCACUGCGGACUUUGAGCUUGAAACGAACCAGAAGGAGGUGACAGAUACGUGUGAUGUGCGCUGCGCCCGAAAAAAGACAGAGAAGAGGUUCCGUAAAACCAUCCGAACCUUACGGAAGACGGUCAGCAGGGACCAGUUCCGCGUCCGUGUCUCUGGCAUGGACCACGAAGUGGCCAGGAAGUCCCUCAAGCUGUCGGAGCCACAGCAGUCGUGCGGUGUGGGACAGAUGCAUGUGGGUAGCAGAUGUGAUCAGUGCUCACCAGGUGAAUAUUCCUCUGAUGGCUUCAAGCCCUGUCUGCCAUGUCCCAUUGGAACAUACCAGCCCGAAGCUGGGCGAGUGUCCUGCUUCCCCUGCGGAGGAGGUCUGACGACAAGACACAGCAGUACGUCCUUGUUUCAGGACUGUGAGACCAAAGUUCAGUGUUCACCUGGUCAUUUCUACAAUACGACAACUCAUCGGUGUAUUCGCUGCAUGGUUGGGACGUACCAGCCUGAGUUUGGACAGAAUUACUGUAUUUCUUGCCCUGGAAAUACCACUACAGAUUAUGACGGAUCCACAAAUAUAACGCAGUGCAAAAAUAGGCAGUGCGGAGGUGAACUGGGCGAUUACACCGGGUAUAUUGAAUCACCCAAUUAUCCUGGGGACUAUCCUGCAAACACCGAAUGCACUUGGAAUAUUAACCCACCGCCAAAGCGCCGCAUUCUGAUUGUGGUUCCAGAAAUAUUUCUACCAAUAGAAGAUGAGUGUGGGGACUACCUGGUGAUGAGAAAAAGCUCUUCUUCCAACUCAGUGACCACGUAUGAAACCUGUCAGACCUACGAACGCCCAAUAGCUUUUACUUCCAGGUCUAAGAAGCUGUGGAUCCAGUUCAAGUCAAAUGAAGGGAACAGUGCCAAAGGAUUCCAAGUUCCUUACGUAACAUAUGAUGAGGAUUACCAAGAACUAAUAGAAGACAUCGUUCGGGAUGGUAGACUUUAUGCAUCUGAAAAUCAUCAAGAAAUACUUAAGGACAAGAAGCUGAUAAAAGCAUUGUUUGAUGUGUUGGCACAUCCGCAGAACUACUUCAAGUACACAGCCCAAGAGUCAAGAGAGAUGUUCCCAAGAUCCUUCAUUCGGCUCCUGCGCUCCAAAGUUUCCAGAUUUUUGAGGCCUUACAAAUAGCUGGCACUGUCCUUAAAAUACUAACCAGCCCUUGGCAUGCACAGAGGGGUUGUGGUAGGUGGGCCUGCUUUCUGUGCUGUACACACUGGCAGAGAGACUCUGGGGAAGCUUGCCAGCUCCAUUCUUGGGAGUGUUUGGCUUUCUCAGCUAAUAUAAAUAUUUUGGUGAACAGAGUUUUGAUUCCUUUCCAGAUAAUACCUUUUGGGUACCAAGGAUACUUCAUGGAUCUGCGAAUUAGAGACUGACCGUAAUUUCUGUAACUGAAUGGUGCCAAGCAGAAGUUUGAGAGCUCUGCCCUGAUGCUUCAUUCAUAACUCCAAGAGCUAAUGAGGACAGACAGGCUAAGUGGUGUGGUUUGGGUUGAAAUUUGGGCUGCCGUUACAGCAUAUUACCUCAACAAAGCUGGGUUCAUGUUUGGUCUCUCUGAAAGUGAGAACAAGUUUGAUGCCUCUCUUAACGUUUGCUGCAGAGGAAGUUCAGAACUAAGAUUGAAAUGGUUUAAUCCAAGCCAGUGAGUCCAAGAAUUGCAGAGUAUGUAAUUUUUCUCUGAACUAUAUGUUGUAUGAAGCAUAAGCAAAGGGUUGAAUAUUAGCUCAAAUGCUCUGGGUCUGGAUCACCUUGUGUUCAUGCUAGUGAACUGAUAAUCUACUGGUUUAAGUGAAGUGAUCCCAGGGCAUCACAGGAACGGGAAGCAGACCCUGACUUUCUGGAUGCCUCCAGUUUGGACUGACUGCAAAUGCUACAACAGAACAAAUCCUUGGCUAAAUUCCAAUCCUCUCUCCCUAUGCAUAGGCCUGGGACAGCAUCACAUGUUGGCUUUUCCAAGUAGUAUAAGAUUCUAACCUCUGAGCACCUGCAGCUGAGCAUAAACUCCAUUUUAAAUGCAGUCUUUGCAUAGAUGGUAUGGUUCUUGUAUGUCAUGAUUUACAGCUGUUUAAGGUUCUUACAUGACCCUCAUUCCUCAUACCCCUUACCUUGUCUGAGCACCUUGCAAUGGCCUUGUAGAGCAGAGGGCUUCUUUCCCUUUCUUGUGGAGAGAAGCAGAUCUGUGAAGAUUUUUUUUCAGCCAGACCACAGAUGCAGAUAUUUAUGCCACUCAAGACUCCCACAUUCUGUCAUUUUCCUCAGCUUGUGCUUCUCAUUUGAGCAAAGAGUAUUUUGAAAGAGCCUGUGAGGAGGAAAAUGUUAUUUGAUCAAACAAUUGAUCAAAAUGGUUUUUGUUGUCUUAAUGUUGUUCUGUCCACAUUACUAUCACAUCACUGUCCAAUGGCCAUGCAAACCACUUCUUUGGUGCAGUGAACCUUCUGGGCAUUCUGUCUAGAAGGAAGAUGGCCUCUGUCCCAUUUGCUGGAAGAUGGACUUAGGACUGGUAUCUUUCUCAACUGUUCUCUGGCAGUGCUCUGAGUGGCACAGUGCUCACUCAGGAAAGAUACUGACAUUUUGCAGUGUGGCCAGGACAAAAGCUCCCUUUUCAGUUUUGAGUUUGGAUCUCCCUGGUUUUCACUGCACUUGUACGUGGUAUUUAACUGUUGUAUGUGAAUCAUACCACGUCCACAGUGUGACAGAUGAAAUUCCCAUGCAGAACCAGAGUCAGAAUCCUUUCCCUACAUUGCCAGGGGUGAAUGAACACUACCAAAUGAACCCUGCUGAAUUGCCCCAUGUGGUGGCAUAUGAGACAGUGCGGCCUUUCACGUGGUAAGGACACGUCCUGAUCAUGACAUGAAGGAAAGGGACAGUAGUGCUACGCCACUGACACCAUGUUGCCCAGAAGGAAUUGCUGUGGUCUGAAAGGAAGAGGGAAGUUGCUUGUGUUGCUGCCAAGAGGGAGAGCUGUGUCCUACCUGGCUUACAUGAGCUCUUGCUCUGGCUCAGGUGCUGCCUAUAGGUGUCUGUGGCACACUGGUGAGUCCCUGUCACAGAGACAGGGCUGCUAGACUUGCUGCAAAGGGAGCAAAUGAGGCUGAGGGAUGAGUGGGGAGGCAGGGAAGGUAGAUGGGCAGAAGAGAGGGAAGUAAGCCAGGCCUUGUGUUCUGCUGGUGGGUAUGCUUCAUCGUGAACCGGCCCCCCUGCUGCCCAUCCUGGGAGGGACAGCAGCAGCUAUCUAGAAGAAAGUAUGUGGUAGUGACAUGUAAAGAGUGGCUAAGGGAUGCCAAGACAAGGGGAAGUGUGAUGGGAAAGGCUUGCUACCUCUGUGGUGAAAGUACUGCUGUGCUGAGAUCCGAGUGAAGCAUUUCAAGAUAGCUUCCUACUGGCAGCACAGCCCUCUGCCAUUCCACUGUUCAUGACUUCACGUGCCAGAAGCAGUGUGUCAGUGAGCUGUAGGGACCCACCAACCAUCUCCACUGCCACAUCUCCAUCUGCCAAAGGAGCACUUUGAGAUGGAUGGGAUGCUGCAGUCCUGCCCAGGGUGCAUGGAUGGGUGUGAGACUGCAGGUGGGUGCAAGAAGAGAGGGCCGUGGUAUGCCAGCUUCUGGGCACCUUCACCAGGCCUAGCAGAGUGGCUUUGCUGUGGGUUGGAGGCUAUCUACUGAGGGGGCGCUGAAUUCUCUCACAAGAAGGCUGCAGGUUCGAACAGUUCCAUGUUGCUGAGUGAUACACAAAUCAUAGCAAUUGGUUUCAACAAGGGUUUAAGGAAACAAAAGUGUUUUCAGACAUCCACAUAUUGUUGAUUGGUGAAAUUGGGCUUUCCUGCUCUGCGUGUGAAUCACUGAGUCAUGCAAGUUGGGUUUGUUGCACUGCACCUCAGCUUGUGUGGGCAUGCUGAUGUCCUUGCUCUGCACAGCCACUCUGGGAGCGGUGUUUCACCUCUGGACCAUAUGGUGAAUCUCAGCUUUGCUUCUCUGUUACUCUCACAUGCACGGGGUGUUUUCUUUGCUGUCAGUGGAAGGAAAGAAGCACAUCAGCGUGGUGUAUGGCCCAAGACUGAGCAGAAGAACCUGCCCGUGAAGAAAAAUCCUUUUUGCUCCACAUGCACAGCUGCGUUCAUUUUCUACAUAACAAGUAAAAGACUUGGAAGCACUCCUAUUCCUUUAUAUCUGAAACUAUGAAUGAAAGUUCUCCCAUUUACGUAGGUCCUGUGUGUGCAGCAAAAAAACCCGAGAGGGAAUUGCUGCCACCUGAACUACUCGGAGAGGCAGUGACUUGCAGAAUGCUGGAACACUUGGCGUUGUAACUCCAUAGAAACGGUAGCGGCUCUGUAGAAGUUGAGUUUCUACACUCUGUGUGGUUGUAGGCUGAUGCUACUUUUUGGCAAGAUGUAAUUCCAAAGUGUUUAACCUCUUAAAACAGGAUUUAAGUUUUGAAAUAAUAAUUAGUGUUAAGUGGAUGACUUAAUGUCACCUACAUGAGAUAUAUACGUAAGGAUCUUUUUCUUGAUUGUAAAUUAAUGUGAAAUGUUUCAGACUUACUUUCAAUAAGAGAAAUAAACCAGUGACCUUUUAGUUGCAUGAAAACCUUGGAUAAUAUUGUUAGUUGUCUUUGCUGUGCUAAAUAACGGUGUUGUAACCAACUGAAGGGCUGUGCAGCAAGUUACCGCACACCAGCUAGGCCUCAUAUCCUGGGAACCACCCCAUACCGUCGUGUUCUGAUUGCUGUAGGAUGUUGUUAGCCUGUGUCUUUACCCACAGAGAUAUGAUUCUUGGUGUAUUGAGUAGAGCACUGGCUGUUCUAAGACUAGAAUUAUCCUGGCGUUAAUACUAAUCAUUGUGCCAAAAGCCAUUUGUGUAUGAUGAGCUGGAAUCGGUUGACCUGUUGUGAAUAGCUGUGUCAAACAGUCAGCUGCCUGAAGUAACUCCUCAGUGUUUUAUUACUUAGUAGAUUAAGCUUUUUUUUCCCCUAAAAUAACUUAUUCAAGCUUACAAUAUAAAAAGCAGAGGUGAAAACCUGCACUAAGACACAAGCACCCAGAAUAUUAAGACGAUUCACUUAGUUUUGUUAGAGAUUGUCAUUAAAUCCACUGACUUCAAUUCUUAGAGUUAAGAAAUAAAAUUAGACCACUUGAAAUUA